AUGGAGUAUAAUGUAUUUAUUGAUUCCCUGAUUAAAGAAGGAAGGAGGGAAGAUGCUUCGAAGAUAUUUGAUGGGAUGCUUACGUUGAGCAAAGAACCUGAUAUAUGUACUUACAAUUCCAUGAUACUUGGUCUAUGUUCGAUCGGUAAGCUAGAGGAGGCACACAGAUUGUUUGACUCAGUUACGGAUAAGGGCCUCAAACAUGAUGAAUACAGCUUCAAUCCGUUGAUUAAUGGAUACUGCAAGACAUCUAGGGUGGAUGACAUCAUUCAACUCUCUAAGGAAAUGCAGAAGAAGGGAUUGAAACCUGACGAAAUUACAUAUAAUACACUAAUAGAUGGACUAUGCAAGGCUGGAAAAGUCAGAAAAGCACAGAGCAUGUUAGCCGAGAUGCAAUCUUAUGGGGUAUGUCCGAGUAUGUUUACAUAUAACGUACUUGUGAAUGGGCUUUGCAAAGCUGGAAACAUUGAGAAGGCAAGAAAUUAUUUUUUUGAGAUCCCCAACAAAGGACUUGUGGAGGAUGUUGUUACGUAUAACACCAUGAUCAACGGUCUGUUGAAAGAAGGGAUGUUUAUUGAAGCUGAAAAACUGAUCAUUGAAAUGAAAAAUAAGGGUUGCAUACCAAAUGCCUCUACGUAUGAUACCAUUAUUAGGAGGGCUUACCUUUUGAAAAAUGAUGUUACAAGAGCAUUAGAGUUUCUCAAAGAAAGGCGCGGAAGGAAUUUGUCACUAAAUGAUUCCACAAAAUCUCUGUUAGCCAGUUUCUUGUCUGCGGAUCAGCUCAAACACUUGGAUUUUCCUAAAACCUAG